CUGUCGACUAUCUGGCAACCCUGCUGGUUUGGUCUAGGCCGUAGCUAAGUUUGGUUUCUUAGUCCAGGCUAGGCCUAUAUUAUAUGCUGAGACUGAAAUGAUUGGAAAGACUGUAUUUAGCCCGUUAAAUUGCAAAAUGGAAUCAAAGAAUAUCGUCAAUGAAAAGUACCCUAGUCAUGGGCCUAGACCAAUUCUGUACCACCACCACCGCCACCAAUCCAGCCACAACGGACCAUGUUGUGGACGUGGUCAGAAUGAGAUGAGAGGCCUUUUACAGGUGGCUGGAGUACUCUUCAUUUUGCUAGCUUCCUUGAAUGUCAUCUUAUCUCUUAACACUCAACUGCUUGACAACAAUCACGAUGACACGACACAAACAAUUUCUGAACUAUUUUACAAAAUAUUGUAUAAACAACCAAACAAGACAUCUGAAACUCAAGAGAAGGAAUAUUCAGGCUACCAUCAUGAAUAUUUAUCAGAUGACCCCACUGUUUUUACCUCCUCAUCGUUUCCAGCAAAUAGAAAGCAACAACCAUCCAUUGGUAAUGGUUACUUAGCAACAGUGGUUUACAGUAAUACCAUAUUUGUGAAUGGUCUUUAUAAUGGCAAAGGCACCAAUAGUCAUCGUGCAAGAGUGCCAUCGACUGCUGCCAUAACUGCUUCUCUACAGGAAUCAGCUUCUCAUUUGUAUACUUUAAAUGUUAGAAAAGGAAUAUUUGUUCAUGAAAUAACUACAGACAAUAUAGAGAUUACACAUUCCAUCUAUGCUCAUCAGGUCUUGAACCGUCUCCUUGUUAACCAGAUUACAAUUAAUAGGAAAAGCAGUAAAUCUGAUGAUAUCGUUGUCAAAUUGGACACAAAUUUUGGCCCAAAAAGUUUUGAUAUAAACUUCAGUGAAAGCCCUGUGAAGAAUGGUAAGAGGAGCAUGCAUGGAAGAGUGAAGGAACCUGAGCAUGAUAGCUCUGAAGUCAUCAUGACUUAUGUCUACUGGACAGAUAUCCCAUCAUACAUCACCCUUCCGAAGAAUGCAUCAACCAAACGUUACACAUUUAUCACAUCCAUUUCAAAGACUGAUGAAGAUGCAAAUUAUUUCUAUACAGAGGGAAUUAAGAUGGAUGCUGCUAAUGAAUUAUUCAGUAGUCAUGUCAGUGCUUGGAAAUCAAAAUGGCAAAAGGGGCACAUAGAUAUUGACAAUAACAUAUUUCUUUCAAGAGUUAUAUACAGUAGUAUGUAUUAUAUACUCAGCUCACUGCCCCCACUGAACACCACGGGAAGGCUAUCAUUUCCAUUUUAUGGGCUUGCACCUGGUGGACUUGCUAACGGCGCUGGCUAUCUGGACUAUAUGGGGCAUGUAUUUUGGGACCAGGAAACGUGGAUGUACCCUCCAAUGCUGUUGCUUUAUCCAUCACUUGCAAAAGCAAUGCUCAGUGCACGGACCAAACAUAUAGAUGCUGCAAAGGACAUUGCAAGGUCUAAGGGAUACAAUGGAACAAUGUUCCCCUGGGAAAUGGCUUAUUCAGGGUAUGACGUGUGUCCAGACAGUACCGUUGGCAAUUUUGAACAGCACGUCAAUGGUGACAUAGCAUAUGCUCUGCAGCAGUAUGUGAGAAUGACUGAGGAUGUGACGUUUCUGUUGGAAGAGCAUGGUUUUGAUCUUGCCAAAGGACUGGCAGAAUUUUGGUUCUCAAGGGCUGAAUACAAUGGUAUCAAGGAUAGGUAUGAAAUUAAUGGUGUAAUGCCUCCUGAUGAGUACCACUCAAAUGUUAAUAACUCUGCAUACACAAACCUUGUAGCAAAAAUAAGCCUGUUACUCCCCGAAUACAUCGCACAGCUGGUCAACUCCAGUGUGCCGGCAUCCUGGAACAAAGCCGGAAAUAAAAUGUACAUUCCAUAUGAUGAUGUCAUCAAGUACCACCCGGAAUAUGAUGGCUAUCAACUAGGAACAUUUAUAAAACAAGCCGAUGUAAUCCUUCUCGGAUUCCCUCUCAUGUACGAAAUGCCUGUUGACGUUAAGACAAAUGACCUGCUUUUGUACGACACCUACAAGGGAAAGGCCGUGACCAAUCGAGAUGGCCCAGCCAUGACCUGGGCCAUGUUUACCAUCAACUGGCUCAAGUUGAAGAAUUUUAGCAAAGCAGAAAAUGUGUUCAAUAAAACUUUCGCCAAUUUACAAGGACCAUUCAUGACGUGGACUGAGAAUCCAGAUGGCAGUGGAGCGGUGAAUUUUCAAACAGGAAUGGGCGGCUUCUUGCAGACUAUCAUGUUUGGUUUUGGCGGGAUACGCAUUGGAGAAUGUUUAGAUGUUGAUUUUGUUCUUCCACCCAAGUCUAGUACUUUUAACAUUACUGGCCUCAACUACCUAGGUUCAUCGCUUAAUUUUGUUGCUCAAGAAACAUCACUUAGUGUAACUUUAACAGAGAAGGAGGAUAAUCAUGUACCUAAUCUUCAACUGAUUGUAUCACCAGUGAAAACAGUUAUUCAUAAAGAAAUUUAUGCUCUGAAGUUAGGAGUUACUGUAAAUAUCUCAAGAGUUCCAGCACGUGUAUGUAAAAUCUGAAUUAUAUAUUCUGUUUUUUAGGGAAGAGGGUGGUUUAGUCAUUUUCUAGGCAUGUAGUAAUGAAUUUAAAAUAAAAUUUACAAAAUAAAACUAUGGUUACUUUUUCCUUCUAUAGUUUUAUUGCACAAUUGUCAAUCAAUAUUCAAUGCUGUACCUUCAGUAGGCUAAAUUAUUGAAGCAUCUGGUGCAGUGGUAAGGCUCCAGGCUUAUAAUUGCAAGAGCAAGGGUUCAAGUUUGAGCAGGCAACUUGUUUGUCAUUGGGUGCUAGGGCAGAUUAUUAUUCCUGACCUAGAGUAGGGGAAUAAGUGAGUAUCUGGUAAAUUUGAAUACCAAUUCAUUGAUAACUAACUGCAACGUGUAUUAAUUCCCACCGAGUAUGUAUUGGAAUCAUGUUUAUCCAAAAUGACUGGAGUAAUUUCGUGAAGCACUUAGAAGGCAGUACAUGCUAUUAUAAAUGUAAUAUUAUAAAUAUAUAUUUUCAUGCAAUUUAUAGUAUAUUUGUUUUAUACAAUGUGCUUCAAAAGUACUAGUUUCAAUGUUAUGUUUUUUAUGUUAUAUGUGUUUCCCUCUAAGUUGUAUUUAUUAUUACCAUAUCUUACAUAAAGUAAGGCUACACAUCUCCUGAAUUCUCUUCUGGAAUGUUAUCGUGCUUUAUUCUGAAUUCAUUUUCAGGAAGUUUGGUUUUUGCCAGGGUAUUUUUUUAUUACAAUAUUAUGAGCAAUUAUAAAAUAUGUAUACAGUUGAGUACUCU